GCGUCGACCGCCGCAGUAUAAAUCGAGACUAAGUGACGAGCGUUACUUCAAGUACGUCGAUACUUUCGCGUUAUUUACAUUUACUUGUGAAGUGGUUAUUAGUGAAACAUUCCAGUGUUUUGUAAUAAGGAAAUGGAAUCACCUGUUGUAUUGGAUAAACCACCGGAAUACCAUGGCGGUGAACGUGGUUUUCCGUUUGACGACGAGGAAGGUUCGGGCGCGUGGAGCGAGCUUGCUUCGCGGCAUCCCGACAUAGCAGCGCGUCUGCGGCAACGUCCUGCCACUUGGGCCAGGAAGAGGCGGCCUUCGAGCCAGGACGCUACAGACGAUUUCGGCGACAGUUUUGGUGGCUUCGACAGAUUUCCCUUCGACGACAUCCCGCCAGAGUUCAGAGAACAUUUUCCCUCACAUUGGAAUCGCAGAUUUGGUCCUCGUGACGAGCAUCCGCCGCCGCCGCAACAGACACAACAGCACGCGCCACAAUCCCCACCGGCGCAGCAACAGACUGCAGCCACACAGACUGAACAGGAACCCCAACCAGGGCCUUCAGAACCUGAAUCACAGACACACCUCCCUCAAUACGGAUUAAGAAACACAGUUGACCUAGGUCAGAAGAGCCCCGCCGACCCUAGCUUGGUCGAUGCGGACGACAGAAACCAGAGGUCUAUGUCAGCGCCUCCAGACAGUUGCGCACCUCCCAACCAAAGCUUCAAAAUGAGCGGACAGAACCACCAGGAACAACACGCCCCACAACACGGAGAGCAACACUCCAAUGUGCGACACAUACCCAUUUUUGUGGAGGGCAGGGAUGAGCCCGUGAUCAACAAAUCGGUAGACCACGGCACACACUUCGGAGACAGCAAGCCUGCAUACGUGCCGCCGCCGCAACAGCCGCACAUUGACAGAGAACAGUAUUUCGCUGAUGAUAAUUCAGUUCCCUACCAUCAACCACCUAACUUCACCAGGGCUUUUGGAACGCCUUUCAACAAAGGAUUUAGGCAGGGUCCGCAACCAUUCACGCAACAAAAAGUGUACCCGCAAGCCGCGUUUGCCCGAGGUGCGUCACCUCAGCGUUCUCAAUCCCCUAAACCCCAAGCUCACCCACAUCCACAUGAAGAACAUUUCGUUAAAGUGCCAGUGCACCAUGAACAGACUGUGCCUAAGACUGAACCUCCGUCCAGGACUCAACAGCGGCAGGCCCCGCCUCAGCAACAAGCGCCUCCUCAGCAGAAGCAGCCGCCGCCGCAGCAACCAGCGCCGCAGCGCGAGCAAACUCCGCCUCAGCCCAAACCACAACCUACAGCCAAUGACCCCAUCACACAAAUUCUCCGUAUACAAACAGAUGUCUUAAAUCUUAUGACUGAAGUUGAAAACUUCGGUGGUACCAAAAAUGAUAAGAAGUAUUUGUUCCUAGAUGAAAUGCUUACUAGGAAUCUCAUUAAAUUAGAUACUAUUGAAACCGAAGGUAAAGAAAAUAUUCGGCAGGCUAGAAAGGAGGCGAUUAAAUGCAUUCAAAAAUGUAUAGCUGUAUUAGAAGCCAAAGCAGAAAGUAACGCAGGUGUUAAGAAUGAACCUCAGCCUUCAGAUGUAGAAAUGAAGGACGAGAACACAGAAGCACAACAGGCAGCUGAACAAGUCGCAGAAAACGGCGAGGUUGAAAUGAAGGAAGCCACCAAAGAAGGCCAAGCCCAAGAGCAAACAGAGCAACCUACACAUAUAGCCCCGGCGGCCCAGGAAGCCCAGAUUGAGAAGCCGCAGGAGGUAACAACGGAGACGAAGGCCCAAGACGAGCAACCUCUAGUGGCACCAACCGACAAUAAAGAAGCCACACAGGCAAAAGCUGCCGACACACGACCCGACAACACGCCUACCGAAAAAACAGACGAAACAAAAACUGAAGAACCAGAAGGUCCCAAAAAGGAGGGCAAAGUUGUAAAGAAACGAAGUAAGAGUAAAGAAAAUAAGAAGGAUAGUACGAAGCAAGAGGAUAGUAAUAAGGAAGGGAAAGUAGAUGAAAAGAAAGAAAGCUUAGAUAUAAUGCAAGUAGACGACAAAGGUGAUAAGUCGGAACCGCAGGUGAUGGAAGUAGAUGGUGCUGCUAGUCAAUAAAGUUAGUUCGCAAUAGUGAAUCGUCUCAUUAGAUACACAGUCGUAAUACGCGCGCACGAGGCCUUCGUUAGCCUUCCUUAAUCUUCGUGUUAAUUAUUGUGCAUAAAUAACACAGGUGUUGACAAUGUAUUGUUUAUGUUUGUACAUUUUAUGUUUUUAAUAUUAAACAAAUGUGUAAAGAUAUUUGUCCUCUAGGAUUUGACGGUCUCCUCGUCCUAAUAUUUAAUAUUUAUUGUUUAUCAUCACUUGAUAACACAAUUUUCUGAAUAAAUAAUGAAUCCGUUUAAAAGUGUUUUAUUAUU